CUCUGCGGCUUUCCGUUAUUCCAGGAAGUACUUCAUGAGGGCGCUAGUUGUACAGCUCGUUUGCAGCGGCAAGCUCUGACAAAAUACGAGGUUUUUACUGUUUAACGUGGACUAAAAUAAGCGCUGAACAUGUCCGAGGGGACCCGCUUGGAGAAUGCAAACCCUGUGAUUUUUCAGCGGUCGGGGGAGAGAGUACAGACGGCAUCCGAAGAGGAUGAAGACGUCCACGACCCCAUCGACGACAGAGAAAUAUUCGAUCUGAUCAGAUCUAUCAAUGACCCAGAGCAUCCACUGUCACUGGAAGAGCUCAAUGUUGUGGAGCAAGUUCGAGUUAAGGUUAAUGAUGCAGAGAAUACUGUGGGUGUUGAGUUCACACCUACCAUCCCUCACUGCAGCAUGGCAACACUCAUUGGUCUGUCAAUCAAAGUCAAGCUUCUGCGCUCCCUGCCAGACAGGUUCAAAAUUGAUGUUUGUAUCACUCCUGGGACUCAUGCUUCAGAGGAAGCAGUGAACAAACAGCUGGCAGACAAAGAGAGAGUGGCAGCAGCUCUGGAGAAUGCAUCUCUACUGGAGGUGGUCAACCAGUGUCUGUCCACCAGGAGCAUCUGAUCAGCCAGCCAGCUUUACCCUUGUCAGCUUUUAGACUCAGAUUUUUGCAGGAGGACAUGUUUGGUUUCUUUGAAAACUUGCUUUGUAUCUACCAACUAUCUGCACACCCCUACCCCUGGUAUGAGUAGCGUGAUCAGGAUCAUACAGGUUCUGUACAUUGGCAACAUUUACUGAAUAAGAGUACAGAGAAAGCCAAUUCUUAAAUUCCCAAAGAAUAAUAUAAUCUGAGUGUAAGCUCAUAACACAGUCUCGUUUGGACAAAGAAAUUAUUCUUCCACCUGGAAAUUUUAACAGUGUGAAAAUGCAGAGAAACUCUACCUGUUACAUUUGUCAUAUACACUCACCGACCACUUUGUCGGGUAUAUCUGUUCAACUGCUCAUUCAUUUAAUUAUUAAUCAGCCACUCAUAUGUGAAGAACUAAAUGCAUUUCAACAUAUAUACAUGAGAAAGGUCAUCCGCUGAAGUUUCAGUGUAAUUUAAGUGAUUUUGAAUGUGGCAAAGGUGUUGGUGCUAGACUGGCUGGCCUGAGCAUGUUAUAAAAUGUUUAUCUAGUGGGGUUUCCCCACUCUCCAUCCACUUGUGGGGUUUACAGAGAAUGGUCUAAAUAAAAAAGAGAAAAUAUCCA